AUGGCAGAGACGGCUACGCGCGUUCUGUCGUCGCAUUGCGCGUCUUCAGUGAAACUCGUUUCUCCGCAUGGAAACGACGAAUUUGGCUUGCUGCUACGGACGGGCAUGCAACAAGCAGGCAUGCGAACGGAUGGGCUUUUCGUUCCUCGGAACGGCAGCGGAGCCACGAGGACGGCAGUGUGCUCGUUGAUGUUGGACGAUCGAGGCGACUUGAUCUCAGGUGUUGCGGAUAUGGACAUUGGCCGCACUGCACUGUGUGCGCACAAGGACGAGGAUGCAGCCGAGUCGCACUUGGCAGAUCUGCUGCAAGCUGAGUCGCCCGAGCUGGUGGUAUUUGAUGGAAACAUCGGCAGCGAGCAAGCAAGCCAGCUGCUGGCGGCUUGCGACGCAUACAAUGUAGAUCAAACAGACAGUGCCGUCAGACGUCCCUUGCUUACCAUGUUUGAGCCGACAAGCAUCGCCAAGUCGACAAUUGCCCUCGAGCACUUUGCUACUGCCAAGGCGACGCGCCAAGCCACACAGCCCAUCAGCUUCGUUACACCAAACGCAGUCGAGCUGGACCGCAUCUGUACGAUUUCAAGAAAGCUGGGCCUUAUCACACCAUCAUCGAACACUACCUCGUUGCAUCCCUACAACAUCGACCCAAACAUCCUCGAUCCCGACACGAUCCUGUCCGCCAAAUGCCUCGUUGAUGCACGCCUCUUCUCGACCAUCUUGCUCAAAGUGGGUCGCCAUGGUGUCAUCACGAUCGAUGCAGACACGGUGCAACAUCAUCCUAUCCCCGCAGGCCAAGUCAAGCUGGUCAACACAACUGGGUGUGGCGACAGCUUCGCCGGUGCGUUCGCUGCUACCCUGUCGCAUCUCCUCCGCCGUCAACGCUCAUUGGGUCGCGACGAAUGGCAUGCAGUCAUCGACGCAGCUGUCGAGGUAGGACAGCGCGCAGCACGUAACACACUCGCAUCGGCAAAAGCAGUCGGCGACAACAUGCACCUUUUGCUUGAUCACCACACUUUGUGA